AUGACGAAUACCGAGGCGCAAAAGAUUCUCCACAUCCUCGGAAGCUACGAAUUCCCUCUGAUGCAAAGCUUGAGCGUUGAGUUUGGGCUUUUCAAGACGUACGGCAUAGAAACCAUCAGUAAGCUUCUCGUGGCUACGAGACAACUGAGUGACGCAACCAACAGCCCCAAGAGAUACGAAGACACCACGGUUCUCAUCCGAGAGUUCACGAACAAUCCACCCACGUCAAGCCGCACCGUGAGGUCCAUCUCGCGGAUGAACUUUCUCCACUCACGGUAUCGCAAAAGCGGACAGAUCACCAACGAGGAUAUGCUAUACACGCUGUCUGUCUUCGUAACAGAGCCUAGCCGUUUCGCACGGCUGUAUGACUGGCGUCCCCUAAAUGAAAUGGAGAAUUGUGCACUUGGCGUUUUUUGGAAGGCUAUUGGCGACGCCAUGGGGAUCGAAUACCUCGGACAUCUUGCACGUGCCGACAAAGGAUGGCGGGACGGCCUUGAGUUUGCGGAAGAUUUAGCCGUCUGGGCCAAGGCGUACGAGGUUAAGCACAUGAAGCCCAGCAAAGUUUGCUCUAAGCCGGCAGAUGCGCUAAUCCCCAUGAUGACUCAACUCGUUCCGGCAGUUUUGAAGCCGGUUGCAACCGAGUGCGUCAUAGCUUUGAUGGGCGAGAGGGUGCGCGAUGCCUGCAUGCUUCCUGAACCGGAGUCAUGGGCAAUAGCCCUAACAAACACCGUGUUAAGUAUCCGGCGAAUGGUGGUCCGACACUUGGCGCUCCCUCGACUAUGGCCGGUCAAGCAUAUAGCGAACAAGCCCAACCAGCUUGGCCGUCUUAAUCUACCAUCAGCGCAAGGCAAUCACCCAUUUUAUGUCAAGCCGACGCUUUGGAAUCGCUGGGGCUUUGGUGCAUGGGCCGUCUGGCUCUUGGGAGGAAAAUUACCUGGGGACGACGCCGAGCGUUUGUUUCCUGGGGGCUAUCUUUUUGAAGAAAUCGGCCCCAACGCCCAGAAGAAUCUGGGCAAGGACGAGAUGGCGACUGACGCCGAGAAAAUGCUACGGAGUGGCCGUGGCGGCUGUCCGUUUCGCUGA